AUGUCCGUAGUAAGAAUAGCCCGAGAGCAGAUUGAUUUGAGUGAACUGGCCCAGCAAGGAAGCAGAAUUGUAGAGCAUCUGCAGCAGAUACCGCGUGUACUGAAACCGGGGAACGCUUCCACGAACAACAAUGACCCGGCAAUGCUGCUCAAUUGUGUUCUGCUAAGUGUUUAUACCCGUCGGCCUCUCCUGUGUCUCUACCGGCCGCUCGUGCUUGGAGAUCCCCGCGAUGACCCAAUUUUCCCAGAGAUCUGCCGGAUCUGCUUGGAGUCAUCCCUCGCCAACUUGUCUUACCAGGAUAAUUUCAACCCGAGCGUAGCCGAUCUCGAGGUGUGCAAUCUGGGCGCAUACUGGGACCUGUUCCAGACUUUCUGCUACAAUGAUAUUUUAUGGGAUGCUCUCAGCGUAUGUGGAUACAUCAGGCUGUCCAGCCAAAGAAACAGCUUCGAGUCUCAGAAGUCAGGCCGUGCCCUUGGAAGCUCGAUGCAUAGCAAAGCGUCCCUGAUACGCAGCGUUGAAUCUACCUUGGACAGCCUAACCGCACGGAUCGGCGAAGCAGGGAGUAAUCUUAAGGAUAUUUUGCUUCUCGCAGUGGUUCUGCAAUCCGUCCGCGCUCGCGGCUCGACCCAGGUCCAAGGUGAGCGAAUGUCGCAGGGAGCUACUAAGGCCUUGUCUGCUUGUCGACAGCACUUGCUCCCCGCGGUGGCAGAGGACUCCUUGGCAUUAAGUCUCACUGAUUUUGCUCAAAUGCUUCAAACUACACAGCCGAUGUUCACAUCCGACGGUCAGGGCUCUUUUACCUCAUCCGCUCAGCUCAAUCUACCCGAGGACUUUCUUGCACAGUCGUCAGCACUGGCCAUGGAGUUUAGUAACUUCCAAGGGGAUCCAUUCAUCUUUGAGAACAAUUCUUUUACAUGGGACGUGUAA